AUGAAGUUCAGUAUCUCAACAACGUACGUUGUCCUCAGCCUUCUUUCUGCGUAUGUGAACGCGAACCCUGUCCGAUUAUUGAGCAAUAUUGCAAUUGGAGUCCCCAGAGAUCAGACCGCAGAAUCCGGAUCCACAACCCCAGAUCCUACCCUUUUUCGUCGUUCAGCUAUUUCCGUCUCUUUCGAAAAGGGCGCUGAACUCUCCCCUACUGAGCUCUCAAAAACGCAACAAGAAGCGCGAGACAAGGUGCAGCAGUUCAUAGUUGCUGCUGAGGGGAAACUGCACACCUCAGGCUGGGUGAUCAAUUGGUUGAACAAUCCUCCUAAGAAAGUUAAACCUGAUACCGACCAAAUCAAGUUUGGCUUUACGGGUCCGGCAGUCUGCACUGGCGGUGAGCCAUCUACGACGUCUGGACGUAUGCCUAUUGAUCGAAGAGAUACUGAUGAGUCCUCGGGCUACCGGAGGGCUGGGAGAGAUCGAACAUGGACACGCCGCGCUUCGAAGUCAGCAAAUGGAUGUAGCGGGUUCGUUCAAGGUGAAAUGUGUGGAAUCCGAGAUAACCAAAACAAAAUUCUUUAUCCGGUUUAA